AGCCCAAUAGUGAAAGUGCUCCGAGCUGAAAUCACGUGCUUCAGUUUCCUCAGGUAUAUCACCAGGUGAACUCUUACAGAGGAGUCCAGUAUCAUCUUCGCCACCCUUCAAUUUUCUCAUCCAGCGUCCUAGUUUCGAUUCGCAAUUCCGUCGAUAUCUCCGAAACCAUGUGGAUAUAUCAUCGAACUGAAAUGUAAAACUAUUGCUCCGUUAUGUCAUUUAAAAAAUUCUUCUUAUAUUUCUGAAGUGUUGUUACCUGUGCUGCAUUUCGAGAAAAAUAAAUGAAACUGGUGAAUGCCUCUUCGAGACUAUACGGACGCUUUCUUCGUUUGGUCUGUACUGUUUUUUAUUUUCUCUCUUUUUUUUUUUUUUUGACAUUGCAUUCUUGCGUAUUAAUUGUGUAUUAACGACUCGAAAUCUUAUCGCCUCUCGCUUCGAUUAUAUAUAUAUAUAUCAAAUAUCUUGAACGAUAACAACAGAGUUUUCAAAAUAAACGUUUUUAAGCUUUCGUAGAAUUAAGCUUAAAUUUUGCGAUGACGAACUUAUAGAAAAAUUCUAAUCAUCUAAUCAUUGAUACACAUAAUAAAAUUGUUGAAACACUUGUGCUUGGAUAUAUACUUGUACAAAUCAAUUUUUGAGAUCGCUCUAUGGCUCGAUGUGUCCGAAGCUGAACCAGUCGCAUCCAAGCAAGCAUCUUCACGUACACUAGAGAGAAGUAAAAGUAACCCUCCGUUCACCUUCCUUGUUCCGGUCAAUUAGAUAUUGCUUUGAAGUUAUGUAAAACUUUCCUUCCAUGCAAUCAUCUAACCAUCAUCUUCCACGCAAAAUUUAAUCUCUAUCUAGAAAACUCAUCCUUACUUUUCGAUGAUAAAUCUUCGGAUGUCAAAACUAGUUGAUCGCGUUGCCGAUACAAAUCAAUAUUUGCGUAAAUAAUAACGCGUAGGUGCUGGUUGUAUUUAAGCAAAAAUAUAAAAUUGUCAGUAUAAAAAUGAUCCUUUAAAAACAACAUUUAUUACAUUCACGAGAAACGUUAUUCAUUUUCGUAGUUAUAACAUCUAGGGUAGUAUACGUAUUAUAUUUAACAAUAAAUUGUAUAUUACAGUUUGAGGAUAAUGAUUAAUAUAAACGCCGGAGCACAUUUUCUGCAAUUACUUUAUUAAGUAAAACAAGAGAGAAGCCUCUCGGAAAGUUGCCUCGAGUUUGAUUUCGGCCGUUUCCGAGAUAGUUCCAUAUUUUCCCAAAUAAAUUUGUCCCCUUUGAUACGCAAGCUCACGAUAGAAAGUAACUGGAACAUUUUUGUGUGCUUCAAAUGUUCCAUACCAAUUACUUUUACUUUCGAAAUGUUAACUAAAUAUCAACGACUAACGCGAUAGAAAUUUUUGAACAUUUUGUUCGGUACCCCGAACGUCGAAGCGAGAGGCACCAAGAGAGAUGAUAAAAUUCGAUCGCACGAAGUACAUUCCCGAGGAAUGCGUAAUCGCGUGUUUUCUUAUUUAAAAGCUAGUUUAUGAUGCUUCUGUUUGAGUUAAUGAUACUCGACUCUUCGCGGAUCCGAGGAGAAGAGCUUUCGACACGCAUUCCUAAGCGAAUGCAGUGUUUGCUAAUGCCGUAACAUACGUGGGAACGCUGGUUUACGUUGCAUUCACCAACUGUUUACACGUCGGAGAAUAGGUUCGCGGGAAGAUACAAGUUCGAAUUUCGUUUACUUGUAUUAACGAUAAAAACAUAUAUGUAACACCUCCGCGUAACGAAGAAAUAACGUAACGUAGUAACGUAGCUAUCGUGCGAUUAGGUGACACGGAAAUAUUUCUUUACGUGUAUUUUAGAUAAGCAUGGGAAGUAUGAGCCUAAACACGGCGAUUUAAAGUACCGACGAAAUUGUCCUUACGAUGAAACCAAUCGGAGCACGAAACUGGUACCACUGGACUCUCGUUUUCGUAAUCCUGAUAAUUCACGUCCGUGCGAAAAAGAAACGGCAAAUAUUUCGUGAGCAAGUGCUGCCGGCGCUAGGAGGUAAAAUUCCAGAAGAAGCUUUCAAAACCGAUCGUUUGGCUUUGAACCGGCUGAAUAAAGAAGGCAUUACCGUACCCGACGGGGUGGUUUUAGAUGCUCGGCAUGUCCAUAAACAUUCCCAGCAUGUCCAAACGAUGCCAGAGGUAAUAAAGGUAUACCUAACACCAGACGGUCGUUACGUGCCACCGGAAGGACGAUUCCAUUAUAAUCACGCUAAAACGAUAGACACGACUUAUGUAAUUCGUGCACCGUACUCGAGGUCCAACGGGCACAAGCACUCCAGCAAUUUCAACAGGAACAAGCAUCCAGAGCUACCGAAAUUACAAGCUUACACGAGCUUCAGGCAAUUCACUCCCAUAGUGGUUCCAACGAAACCUGGAAUAUACAAACCUAUUGUAACACCUUUGGUACUUCCUAGCGGCGCAGAAUUGUUGGAGGAAACUUAUUUACCCAGCUGGAACGUUCACUACGACUGGGACACCGUCUACGAGCCAAACAGCGAUUACUACAUCAGCAACAUCGCUCUCUUCGACUCUCAUCAGAUCAUAACCGAUUACCAAGGGUUCCUGAAUAACGUACACGAACGUUCUUCGAGGCACAUUGGAUCCCCGUACAGAGACCAAAAUGGCUUUUCUCGGAUUACAAAACAAGAGUCGAGGGGUAACGGCAUGAAACCACGAGCAACAUCCUAUCAAAAUGUUAGAUUACAUCUUGAUAAAACUGUUCCACGUUAUACCAAUUUGACUAGCAUUCCGGAGACUAGUUUCGCGUGUAAUGGAAGGAGGGGCAUGUUUGCGGACCCUGAAACCAAUUGCCAAGUGUUUCACAACUGUUCGGGUUGGUCGAGGACUUCUUCACUGUGCCCUGGGGGCACAGCAUUCAGUGAAGUGAAAAAGCGCUGCGAAUGGUGGAAUACAGUGCAAUGCAAAUGAUUAUCACUUAUUAAAUUGUAAACGCUGUAAAAACAACCAUAAUAGACAAACAAUUUCAAU